CUCCCCGCUUAUAUUUUGUAUGUCUAUGGAGUAAAUGGUGUUGCAAAUGUUUCACACAAGCUUUGAUGAAUUUCUAAUGGAAAUCGUUCCUGACUCAUGCAGGAAAUCAACAGAUGUAUAGAAUGUUCCCAGCCUGAAUUUGAUCUGAAAAAUUUUCAGUGGAAUACUGGAAUUUGCAAUAAGUUGAUGAUAAAGUUCGGGUUUCCGUAAUUUAUAUGUGCAAUAAAACGAAGCAGUCCGUCGAAUUUAAACGUAAUAGUUGUGCAAAUAUUAGUCAACGGACAUUCGUUAUCUAAUUAUGGAAACGUUAGAUAAAUCAGGAAAAUCCGCCAAGAUUGCCGAGGAAAGUGAAAACUGUGACGAGAGCGUCAAAGGUUACGUAGAGCCUAGAUUCGAGUGUCCCAUUUGUCUAACAUGGCUGCGCGAUCCAGUUUUAACAUCCUGUGGCCAUAAGUUUUGUUCUCAGUGCAUUUAUACUUGGCUUAAGAAAGAAGGUGCUUGCUGCCCAGUCGAUAGUCAACCUCUAAAGUCCGAAAACCUCUUCCCAGAUCUGUACACCACUAGAGAAAUAUCUCAGAAACGCACAAGCUGUAUUUAUCAGCAAUUCGGUUGUCAAGUAAAAUUAUCUCCAGUAGAUAUGGAAACGCAUAUCACUCAAUGCACCUAUAAACAAGAACUUCCAGAGCCUCAAGUACAAAGGAGCACUAAUGCAAUGUCCGUGGAGUCAAAAUUAUGGGAUCCACCUCUAAAAAACGGGGUUACUGACAAGGAAGAGCCUUCUCCCGAUUGGCAACAAUUACUCAAAAAUCUAUACGAGAGGAUAGUAGUUUUGGAACAGGAAAAUCGAGAGCUCUCUAUAACGGUGUCUAAUCAGAAGAAUCAACUCGCCGCUAUGUAUCAACGAAAUUGCAAUGGAGUUUACAUAUGGAGACUGAAAUCUUUCCAAGAAAAACUCGAGGCUAUGAUCAACGACCCUCUAAAGAUGUUUUAUAGUCCGGGUUUUUAUACGAGUCCAAACGGAUAUAAGAUCUGCGCGAGAAUUAAUGUGUCGUCCAAGGAUCCCAAUUACCUGUCUUUUGUUUUACAUAUUAUGAAAUCGGAAAACGACGACGCUUUAGACUGGCCGUUCAAUGGCACAAUGUAUUUUGUAUUGGUGCAUCCGCAUGAUUCGAGAAAAAAUAUAUGCGAAAUAACGUCGUCGAAACCAGAUCUCGAGGCGUUCCGUAAACCCACGUGCGAAUUAAAUAAACGUAGCUUUGGCUAUACAGAAUUUAUCAGUGUACGCGACGUAAACGACUUUCUGCAGCACGACACUCUAAUUUUUAGAAUAGAAGUUCAUUCAGUAUGUUUGAGAUGCAUAGUGUAAAUAAUCUAUUUAUGUGCGUACACUUUCGAUACAAUUUUUUACUUUAAAAUAUUUAAUAUUUUUAUAGCAAUUACGUAGAUGCAAUACACCAGAUAGUUUACAAGUUAAAACGGCAUGACUAUGUGCAAAGUAUGUAAUAAUUUUUGUAUUGAUUUAAAAGUAUAUUAUUUGCUAAAUUUGAAGAACACGAAAAAUUGAUAAAACAGAAGUUUACGAAACGUUGGACGUUGUAUACAAUUUUAUGAAAAGAUUGAUUUCGAUUACCUUUUCGAUAGAGGUUGAUUCGUUAGAAUCCUAGAAGUUUGAUGCAGCAAAAUGUACUAUGUGACAAGCUAGAAUGCGCUACAUUUGUUAUUAUGAAAUUGUAUUUGGUCAUUAAUACAUUAUUUUUAUAUUAUA